AUGCAGGAGCAGGUGCUGGUAGAAUUAUCGGCGCUGGUGGCGGUGCUGGGAUCAUCAAAGGUGCGGGUUGUGCAGAAUAACACAUUGGUGGUGGUGGUGCAGGAAGACAAAUUGGUGCAGGUGGUGGAGAAGGAAGAUACAUUGGAGCUGGUGGAAGAGCAGGCAGACAAAUUGGAGCAGGUACACAUUUCUUAUGGCCUCAACUCAAUGUGCUCUGGUGACCUCAAGCGUAUUUCAAAUAAACUAAUCAAAAAGACUUCACACCAUACACCAGUGAUUAAAAAGAUUAAGCCUAAAAUACCAAAACUACCAAAUAUAAUCCCUCCCGUAUUACCCUCAAAGUUAUCCAAGCCUUCUCUAAUAAAAGGUAAACAUAAAUGUUGUUUACCAAAGCUUAUUCGAUUACGUAAGUUAUCAAAACUACCUAAUUUACCAAAGCCUCUUAAAAUACCUAAAUUACCUCUAAUUCCUCCGUUAAUACCUUUAAUUCCAAAAUUACCUUUGUUACCUAUACUGCCUAUUUUACCCCCAAUACCACUUUUACCUCCAUUACCACUUUUACCUCCAAUAUUACCAAAGUUACCUAAAGCACUAAAACCAAUACGUGUACCAAUGAUUGGCAAAAGUGGAUUAAAGGCUUUAGGAUCCCAAAUAAAACCAAUAACUGUCCCUGCGCCUAAUAGUAAUAGACGCAUUUUGGAAAAGCUGAAAAAGUUAAAGAAGUCUGGAUCCCUUACUACAUCUGAAUUUGUUCGAUUUAAGAAACUUCUAUUAACAAAGUAA